AUGGCCAAAACUGCUCCACCGAAAGAGGUUUGAAUCUAGUUGCAUUAUUGCCGUCUUUGCAAAAGUUCCCAUGAUGAAUCAGAUAUAUGAAACAAAUGUUUUUUGGAAGAAUUUUCCUCGAGGAAUGCAAAAAUUUGUCAAAACUGAAGGGUCAUUUCACUUGAGAACUUCUUAACCAUUAUUCGAUGCCCCCGUUAAAAGUUUUUCAAAGUAUCAAUCUUCACGGUGAACAAUUUGUGAGCAAAGGCUCUCAAAACUUGAAAGAGCAAUACAAAAACUAUAUGAGAAGUUCAACAUCUCAUUGGAAAGCUGUUGAAUGUUACUCGGAUCUUUAUGCCGUGUUCAAUUUGAUUCCGCGAAACGCAAAAUAUCCGUUAGAGAAAGGAAAAGAUCACUAAAUUUUGGAGAGUCAGAGAUCAUUUCGCAUUUUGCGGAUUCAAAUUGAACACGGCAAUACAAAUGCGUUUCGAAACAACUGUUUUAUCUAUCGUCGGCUCAAAAUUUAUUAAUACUUGCCUUUCAAUCAGCACAAAUGUCAUAUUUCGCUGACCAGCGUAGAAUAUUUCUCAUACAUAAACGAUCAAAUACUUAAUCCAAAGCCUUAUUGGGUUUUCUGAUUUUAGCUAGAAAAAAAGGGGAUGAAAUAAAUGGUUGAGCCUCUAUUGCUUCUUUUUUAUCGGUAUCAUAAUGGAAGUUUGAUUGCGAAGCCAGUAUCAAAAUGAAUUACUCCUUCCUUUCUUCCAGGGAAAACCGUUAACCAACGUCACGCACAUCGAAUUCACUUCUAGAGCUGAAGACAUCAAGGCCGGCCUUAUCGACACAUUCCUCAACCUUCAGCGCAUCGACACCAAUCUUUAUUUGUAAUUUUUGGCUUCUGUCUUUGUUCUGUUAUCUUAUCAAUUUUUAGAGCACGACAUUUGCUUAAAGGACGGAGAUCAUACAAUGCUGUUUACGGGGGACAGGCAAGUUUUUACAUUAUUUCUCGGCUUCAGGGGAAGAGAAAAACUUAAAAAAUGAUUAACACAUUUUUGUUUUGAGAAACUACUCAAAUUCAAAGCAGAAAUUGGCCAUUUAUAAUGAAAUUUCAAUCAUUUUUAUCAGGAAUUGCUUAAAAUAGUCCAUUUCUGUUCAUUUUUUCCUUGAAUUCUUACAAAGUCUAUAUAAAAAAUCGAUUCAUAAAACUUCUCUUCUCUCAAAAAUCUCGGCAAAACCGAAUUUCCAGGUAGUUGGACAGUCUCUCGCUGCUGCCGCAGCAACAGUCGAUGACACAUUCGUCCCACAUUCGCUUCACAGUUACUUCAUCAAAACUGGUGAGAUUGGGAGUAAUAUUAUUGAUUUAUGACUUUAUUGAAAGGAACUUAGUCAUAAAGGCGUCAAGAAAAAUGAUGUGUAAAUGAGGCAAAAGAGUUUGAAAAUUUUUGCAAAGCAACUAUUCUUUUUUUCGUUUUUGAACUGGACGAAUCGUUAAUAAAACAAAAUCGACAUGUUUGAUGCUAUUUGUAAGGCAAAUAAAGAAACGUUUUGAAAGAAAGUUAGUUUUUUUUAAAAAAAGGCUUGAAAAAAACUGGUUAAGUAUAAGAUUAUCACAUUUGGCCUGAUUCAAGUGAGAUUUCAACAAUUUUUUUCAAUAAUUUCAAAGCGAAAAAUUUCGCAGAAUAAUGAAAUAUAAUGAUUGUUUUAAUUACUCAAUGACCUUUAGAAGUUCAGGAAGCGUCGAGAAGCCGAUUUUGUACAUGAUUGACCGAAUCCGCGAUGGUAGAAGCUUCUGUACUCGCCUCGUUAAAGCUGUACAAGACGGAGAAGCCAUCUUCUCAUGCCAGAUCUCAUUCCAUAAGGUAUUUCUGCUAUUUAUAUUUUUGAAAAAUCUUCCAAGAACGUAUGAAUUUCAAUUUAUAGUUUAAAAAAGUUUUUGUUUUCAGAAAGAACGCGACGCUAUAGUACACCAGCAAGAAAUGCCCGUCGUUCCCGAUCCGGAAACUCUACAGGUUUAUAAAAUAAAUCUUUCCUGGCCUGUUUAAAAUUCUGCUUUUUCACACUUCUUUGUUAUUUUUUGAACUAUCGAUUUUAUGCUAGAAAAUACCUUCAUUCUGUUAAUUUUUAAUUUUUUAGCCCGCCAGAAUCACAGCCGAAGAGUACCUGAAAGACAAUGUUGGUGACUCAAUCACACAGAAAGUUCUGAAUCACGCGAUCAAGGAGAUCCCAAACGCUUUCGACCGCGUUUUUUUGAUGUAUUCACCAUUUAUUUUAUAUAAAAAUGCAAAUAAAAAUUUAGGUGAGACCAGUAGAUCCGGCCAAAUAUCUUCUGAAAGAAGAUUCCGAGCCAAAGGCAUCAAUUUGGAUCAGGGCUAAGGAGAAUAUUGGUAAGUGGGAAUGGGAGUUUUGAAUUCUCGAAAAUUUUUGGAAAUUCCAUAAGUUUUCAUGCGCUGUUUAAAAAAAGCAACCAAAUAGUUUCCAAUCAACUUUCCACGUUCCUAAUCUCUAAAAAGCUUUUAUUAGUGUGAUAUACUUGAUUUCUCUGUUGCAAAUAUAUGAUUAAAUUAUUCCAGGCGACGACAACAGGCUCCAUCAAUGCGUCGCCGCGUACCUCACAGAUCUGACCAUGUUGAAUACCGCGAUUCGUCCUCACAUGCGGUAAUUUUCCACUUUUGUCAUAAUUUUACAAUACAUUCUAGAAAAGGGUUCGUUCCGUCAAUGUCUUUCUCCUUGGACCACUGCAUUUGGAUUCAUGAAGACAACUUCCGGAUGGACGAUUGGAUGCUUUACGAAACAGUCAGCACUAAAGCCAGUAAGAUUCCUCGGAAAUGUUUGAAAGUUAUGAAAAUUGUUCAGAUGGAAGCCGGGCAUUUAUAGAGGGGAAACUGUGGACCAAAGACGGAAGACUUGCCGUAUCAACCGCGCAAGAAGCGCUGGUUCGGGAUAAUCAACAGAGCAAGCAGUGA